AGAACGCAAUUUUUGUCCAGAAGGGCGAAGUAUAAUUCUUUCCCAAGUCGCGGUUUGGAAUCGAUCGCCCUCCAAACCCCGAGGGCCAAAUUCACAGAGAUACACUGGCAAGGGCAGAUGCAGAGCAGACUAACAAGAAGAGCAAUUAAUCCAAGAAUUGGAUACAUGUAAGCUAAACCAAUUGUGCUUUGAUUGAUCACAUGGAUUUGAACUUGAAUGCUUCUCCUUUGCCUGACGAUGACGAUCAAGUGGAGUUUGUGGAACAAGACGAGCACGAGCACGAGCAAGAGCAUGAGCAUGAGCAUGAGCAUGAGCAUGAGCGGGAACAUGAAGAAGAAGUUGUGGAAGUCGAAAGCAGUGGUCGUUAUCGUGGACACGAACGCGAAGAAGUUUACGAAGCAGAGGAAGAAGAACGUGUUGAGUCAGGCGUAGAGACUCUCAGACGGGAACGUGAAGAGAGGAAACAACGGAUGAAAAGGGAGCGUCGUGAUGAUGACCGAGAAAGGUUUCCAAAAUUGACGAAAGUUGAGAGUAGACCAAAUGAAAGAUUGCCUGAAGGCUGGAUAGAUUGUCCAGCAGCUGGUGACCCUCUUUCAAACAUAAUUCCCUCCAAAGUUCCUCUUGGAGAGAAAUUCAAUGAUUAUAUUAUCCCUGGAAAAAGAUAUUCUUCAAAGCAAGUGAUUCAUCGUCAACGGGUUUUGGGUAGGGAUGUAGGCAUGGUCAUAGAUCUGACAAAUACUACACGCUACUAUAAGCCAGUAGAAUGGCAAAACAAUGGUAUCAGAUAUAUGAAGAUUGCUUGCAAAGGACGAGAUGCAGUUCCUGAUACUAUGUCUGUGAAUACUUUUGUGUAUGAAGUGGCAAAGUUUAUGCAAUCAAACAAGAUGAAGAAGCAGAACAAAUAUGUUUUGGUUCACUGUACACAUGGUUUCAACCGUACUGGGUAUAUGAUUGUGAAUUAUCUUGUUCGUAUUCAAGGCAUAACAGUGAAAGAGGCUGUCGAUCGCUUUGCUGGAACAAGACCUCCAGGAAUUUACAAGCCAGAUUAUAUUGAUGCAUUGUUUAGGUGUUAUAAUGAAAGAAAGCCAGAAUCAGUGAUUUGUCCCUCUACACCAGAGUGGAAAAGCUCAGUUGUUGAUCUUAAUGGCAAUGGAGUUGAGGAUGAAGAUGAUGAUGGUGACAUCCUGGCUGCUUUGCAGGAUGUUGAGGUUGAAAAUGGAGUAAUGACAAAUGACGAUGUUCUAGGUGAUGAAAUUUGUUUUGGUCAGCAACUGGAACUGCAGAAGCUCUGUUGCCAAGCACUGGGAAUACAAACCCAAGGAAAUUCUCAUUUUCCAGGAUCCCAGCCGGUCUCAUUGGACAGAGCACACAUACAACUCUUGAGGCAGCGUUAUUAUUAUGCCACUUGGAAGGCUGAUGGAACUCGUUAUAUGAUGCUUAUUACACGUGAAGGAUGUUACUUGAUUGAUAGGAAGUUCAGUUUUCGUAGGGUUCAGCUCCGUUUCCCCGUCAGGGGGGUGCAACCGGGCUCCUUUGAGUGUCAUCACUAUACAUUACUUGAUGGGGAAAUGAUAAUUGACACUGUUCCUGAAACAGGAGAGCAACAGAGACGAUACCUGGUGUAUGAUUUGAUGAUGGUUAAUGGACAACCUAAGAUCAAGCAACCCUUCUAUGAGAGGUGGAAAUUAAUACACACAGAGAUAUAUCAACCACGGACAGAUGACAUCAAAUCGAAUCGACAUUACCGCUAUGAUAUGGAACUAUUUCGGGUUAGAAGAAAGAAUUUCUGGAUGCUUUCAGCUGUUGGUAAGCUACUAAAGGAUUUCAUCCCAAAGCUUUCACAUGAAGCAGAUGGUUUAAUCUUUCAGGGUUGGGACGAUCCAUAUGUUCCCCGCACACAUGAUGGUCUUCUUAAAUGGAAAUAUGCUCACAUGAACUCAGUUGAUUUUCUUUUUGAGGUAGGAGAAGGAAAUCGCCAAUCAAUGUAUCUAAUUGACAAAGGAAAGAACCGAAAGUUGGAUGGAGCUCAUGUCACAUUUCCAGGAAGUCAAGAUCCAUCAAGUUUGUCUGGGAAAAUUAUUGAGUGUUCUUGGAAUCCAAAAGAACAGUCCUGGGAAUAUAUGCGUAUUAGGGCAGACAAGCCUACUCCAAAUGGAUGGCAUACAUAUAUGAAGGUGAUGCGAAGCAUAGAAGACAAUAUUACUGAAGAGGUUCUUUUAGGUGAGAUUGAAGAGAUUAUUUGUCUGCCAAUGUAUGCUGAGCGGAUAAAACAGGAGCAGAAGAUGCUGCAUGCACAAGCACAAGCACAGGCACAGGCAAAUAGGAGGAGAUGAUUGUAGGUUAUUCUAAAACAGUGUCACUGUCUGCUCAGUAGGUGUGGAGGGGGAUGCUGAUAAUUUUUUCAUGCCUGGAGGAACACUAGCGACCAAGGAAAGGAGUGGGUAGUCUCAAUCAAAAACCCAUCUGGCAAUAGAACAAUAUAUAUAUAUAUAUAUUGAUGUGUGCUAGUUUUGAUGAAUCAAGCACAAAUGCAUACAUCCACUGUACAAUAUGAUUUCAAACACAAUAUAUUUUAAAUUUUCUUUUUA